CUCCAGACCGUACAGGCCUUCUUCUAAACUACCCACUUCACCUGUUAGAGAUAAGAAAUCAGAUGCUAUCAGUGCCUCACUAGCUAGAUAUCAGGCCAGUCUAUCCCGUCCUGAGUCUCCGAAUUUCUAUAAAGAACCUAACGACGAUAUUCCCUCCAAUGAAACUAGAAGGUAUGGAGGUACUCCAUCCCGGCGUUCAGAUUUAUCAGCAAGGAGUUCAAGUCUCUGGCAAGAGGAGGGAGGGGCUAGGAGGGAGCAAGAUGGAGCCAGGAUGCCUAAUAACAGCAACAGAUACCAACAAGGAAAUGGUCUUCACUUGGUAAACUCCACUAGAACAACUUCAUCUUUAGAAGGGAAUGGUAGCACAGAGAGGUUAUGGGAUACCUUGCCAUCAAGGAGACCUGAUACAAGGAGUUCUAGGACCCCUAGCAGGAGAUUAGGGACCAUGGAUCAAGAGCCUGGGACCCCUAGCCGAAGGUUAGAGACCAUGAAUCAGGGAUCACCAGAUGCAAGCUCUGACAACCUUACACAAUUCAGAUACCCUUAUUUAUCCUCGGCCUACUCCUUGCCAAGAAAUUGCAGAUUACUCAAGGCAAACAGACAAAUAUCUGGUACAAUUAGGGAAUCUCUAGAAAAUUUGAGCUCAAGCUCUCAAAACCUGGCUUUUACAGAGUCAAGAGAAUCAUUAUUAAAAAGAUAUCCUUCUUCCUCCCUGUGUGCCUCACCUGUAUCAUCACCAGCACCUAGUAGGAAGUUUGUUGGUUCCUACAGCUGUAGAAACUCUCCAACCAGAUCUACCAAUCAAUCAAGUGCUCCUCGAAGAUCUGAAACUCAAAGCAGAUAUUCUUCGGAAAGAUCAAGUAGAAGGACCAGUCCGGAGCAUACUAGUCGAGGGGGAACUCUAGAUAGUCAGAGCAGACAUGGCAGUCCAAAUUCUUCUUCCCAAAUUAGAACAAGCAGAGUAUUUCCAGAGCAAAACAGAUAUGAUGACAGCCUUGAGUUAAUAAGACCGUCAACUAAAAACUACUCCAGAGAUUCUGUGCCGAGCUAUUCCCAUUAUUCCAACCCUCUUAGUGUUCAGUCCAGCAGAAACACUUCUCCAGUUAGCAGUGGCAACUCUGUAUAUUCUGCUAGAUCAAGCAGACAUGUGUCCCCAUCUAGAUAUACUCCCUCGCAUUCUGCUCGAUCCAGCAGAAAUGCCUCUCCUAACAGAGGAUAUACUCCAUCACAUUCUGUUAGAUCCAGCAGAAAUGCCUCUCCGAACAGAGAAUAUACUCCAUCGCAUUCUGCUCGAUCCAGCAGAAAUGCCUCUCCUAACAGAGCAUAUACUCCAUCACAUUCUGCUCGAUCCAGCAGAAAUGCCUCUCCUAACAGAGGAUAUACUCCAUCAUAUUCUGCUAGGUCCAGCCAUUAUAAUUCACCGGUUCAUUAUCCCUCUGAUUAUGUCUCAAAAUCCAGUAGGCACAGCUCUCCUAAUAAAUUCCCACAUGCUUAUUCAUCCCUAUCAAGCAGAGAUCCAUCCCCUGCCUCUUCGUAUACCUCUUCAAGUUACAAAUCUUCUUCAAGAUAUGUAUCUGAGAGGACAGAUAGGUUGAGAUCACAGGAAUACAGCAGUAGUAGGAAUGGAUCCCCUCUGAAGACUCAACCAAUUAGAAUGCAAGAAUCACCUGUAAGUGUAAGGCCAGCAACAGAGGUUUCAUCAAGAGCUAGUUCACCAGCAUCUAAAAGAGGAGGUUCACCAAGCAGUCGAAGAUCAUCCAUAGCAAGUUUAAGGUCUUCAACAUCAAGCAAGCAUUCUCAGAAAAGAAGCAAGACCCCUCAUAGUAACAACAUAGUCACUAAAAGAAAAGAAGAAAUGUUUCUGCCCGAUACAGGUGGUGGAGCACAGUGCGUGGUCUAUGUAAGAGAAACAUUUCAAAUCCUGAACUUGGACCAACAGCAAACACAAGAUAUCCCACUUGAGCUACUCAGAUCAAUUUCAUCAAAUUCUGUAGCAUCCAUCCUGCAGCCCCCAAGUGCCAAGAGUAAUGAGAGAAUUGAGAUUGGAAAUAAAACAGAAUAUGAUAGCACUGAAGCUUCUAAUCUGGAUUUAAAGAAACGGAAUCUAGAUAGUGUUUCAAAUAACUCAGGUUCAGAUGGUAAACAACCAAAUCAUACGGAUACAGAGAAACAGACCUUUCAGUUCAACACAGCCAGCAGAGAUUCAUUACAAACUCUUCUCCUUUCUCUCAGGAAACCAAAAGAGAAAUCUGUUAAUGAUGAGAUCGAGAAGCGCAAUGUUACAGAUGUUACUAAGGAUGAUUAUGAUGAUGAUGAUGAUGAAAGAGUUGAGGAUAGAGAAGAUCUGGAUGAUUCUGCAAGAGCAGAGUCAAUAGUAAGCAUAACUAGUACUAACAGCACAUCCAGGAGUAGAGAGAAUAAGGACAGGGAUGAUGAAGUGCGAGAUCCACAUUCUACAAUCCGUAGACAAUCUGUCAUUAUUGAAGGUCUAUCCAUGGAAGCUGAAGAUUUAAAGAAAAAAGUUCAGAGCCUAGAGGAAGAGUUGAGUAGUAUUCCAAUGGUAGAAGAACUUCAAGGAAAACUUUGCCAGGGUCUGAUUGAGGAGAAAAGAAAUGAAAAAGGUAACGAAAUAAUUAUUUUAUACCUCAUGAUUCUCAAAAGAUAGAAAAAACAUCAAUUG